CAGUCGGACUCCUCGGUGGCCUGUGGGCGAAUACGAUGCUUCGUUUCGAUGAUCCCUACGUUCCCAUUGAAUAGAUUUUCAGAGCCGUAAUGAAAUCGACGCUUUGUCCGGUGGCGAGAUGAAUGGAGUUGCUGGUUUUGGACCUUUCCUCUACUUUGGACAACAUUUUAGACCUCACGUCACGUGUCCACUCCAAAAUAAAAGCUGGUUUCUUUUUAAUUUUAUCUUUUAGCCAACUCACCGAGAUUCUUGCUUGAUCGAUCUCUGGGUGUUUCUUCAAUUUCUUCUCUCAAUUUGAUCUGACCUCCCUCUUUACUUUCCAAUUUUACCUGUAAAUUCCAGGUUCUUCUUUGUUUUGUUCAUCUGCGUUGGUAACUAAGCCUUUUCUGCUUUUUUGACCUUUUGUUGUCUCUUUUUCUGGAUGCUUAUCUGCUAAUAUGCAUGAAUCCUGAUCGUUUAGUUGGACCUGCUUGUCUCUGUAACAUCUUUGGUCAUGUUUCUACUUCUUCUUGUUUGAAUCAUUACUGGGAUAACGUUUCUCAUGGUGGGUUCUAGUUUAGAUGAUAGUUUAGUUCCAAAUUUUGCAUUUCCUUGGUGUUUGUUCAAUUUUUUAGUUCUUGAAGUUCUUGUAAUUCUCUUUUGCUUUUCAUAAUUCAUUACUGAAUAUAAGUUGUUGAGCUCUCCUUAGAGGGGGUGGGGAUGGCUUUAAGGGCUGUUCACGCUUGGAAUUUGGGUGGCCUUAUAGUGGCAUUCGUUGACCUUGCUAUUGCUUAUAUUCUCCUAUGCGGGUCAGCUUUCGCAUUUGUCCCUUCAAAGCUCUUGAGUUUCUUUGGAAUUUAUCUUCCAUGUCCCUGUAGUGGUUUUUUUGGUUACCAAAAUGAUGAUUUGUGCUUGCACAGACUGCUUAUUGAUUUGCCAAUAAGAAAGAUUAAUGCUGUUAAGGAGUUGGUGAAGAAUAGGUUUCCUUUUGAUUUGGUUUUGUUUGGUCAUGAAUCCUGCAAUUUCCAUGUGGAAGGGUGUAGAAAAUGUGGAAAUGGGGUUAUUGAAUUGGAAGGAGAAGCAUGUUCUAGUUCGCUUUCAGGUCCGAGAUUACAAAGCUCUGUUGAUAGGGAAAGUGGGAAUGAUGCUAAGGAUAAGAAGAUUACGAACCAGAAACAUAAGAGUGGGAUCCAGCGGCGUAGAAGAGCUGCUGUUGGAUAUGGAAAACCCUAUCCUGCUUUGUCUUGUGAUAGCACACGAUCGGUUGGUAUAGAUUUUCCCCGCCCUAGUUGUAAUAGUAGGGGAAUAAGAAGCGAAAUUAGCGAAGACUUGGAUCCUGGAAGCGUAAUAGAAGAUGGCUAUCAAGGUAAUCAAGAUGUUCCAAAUGGCACCGAGUCCAAUGAAAGAAUGAGGCAUAGGUUUGAAUUGGAUGGAUCAUAUAAGAAGGGUAAAGCCAUUAACAGGGAUCAAUUAUCUGUUGAAAAGUUUACCUGUGAUUCAGAAGACAGGUUGUCCAGUGCUGGGAAUGAUGCAAAUGCAAUCAGAGUGUUGGAACAAGCACUCAAAGAAGAGAAGGCUGCCCGUGCAGCUCUUUACCAGGAGUUGGACAAAGAGAGGGCUGCUGCUGCAACUGCAGCUGAUGAAGCAAUGGCAAUGAUAUUGCGGUUGCAAGAGGAUAAGGCAUCAAUUGAAAUGGAAGCGAGGCAGUAUCACCGGGUGAUAGAAGAAAAAUGUGCUUAUGAUGAAGAAGAGAUGAACAUUCUGAAAGAGAUCAUUGUUAGGAGAGAGAGGGAGAUUCUUUUUCUGGAAAAGGAAGUUGAAGCUUAUGAACAGAUGAACUUUCCGGGAAAUGACCUCCCGGAUGGUGAUUCAAGCUAUAAGAUAAAUAAGAAAGAACAGAAACUUCCACUUUCCAUUGGUUCAAAUGAGAAUCCACUUCCAGUGCCACAGCAGAUUGAGAAUAGUGAAUCCAUUGGUGAAAAGGAAGUUGAUGCAAAAUGGUCUUCAAACUAUGAACAUUUACACACACUUACCUCAGGGGAAGAAAUGAUGCCAAGGCAUGAGGAGUCAGCUUCUGACUUUUCUGCUUCUCAAAGAUUGGUUCAGAAAACUCCUAGUGUAGCAGGAAAAGAAAAAGCAGAAAGGGAUAUCAACAUGAUAUCACUAGGAAUGAAGGCACCCCAGAUUAGUGGCAGCAGUGAAGAGGAGCUGAAGAAAUAUGGGGAGCAUUGGAAUCAAGCAGUCUACGACAUGCAUAAUUCGAUGCUCGACAUUGAAUCAACAGUGUAUGAUGUGCAUGUUAUUGAUGAUAAAACUUUACCCUUGAAGGAGAAUGUUAGAAAAGAGAGUGGACCACUGAGUGUUCCCACUUCAGAUUCUGGGGUCCAGAACAGUCAGUUUUUGAGUGAUGGUCUAACUACGAGCAUUACAGAAUUUGAGCCCAAAGUUCAUGGAAGCUCGUCCAAUAUGCAUGAUGAGUCACUAUUUUCUAGUAGUUCACCGUAUAGAACCCUUAGUAUGGACUCACGGAGGCGUUCUCCAUCUGUAGUUGAUGAUGAAAGGUUGAAAAUUGACAAUGAGGUUGAAUGGUUUAGAGAAAGGCUGAGAAUAGUGCAAGAUGAAAAAGAGAAGUUGACUUUCACUGCAGAGCACAGGGAAAGGGUAAGUGCACAAUUGAGACUUGUGGAAGAUAUAGUGAACCACCUUCGAGAGAUUCAGUUGCUGAGAGAGCCUGCAAGGAAGGUUUCUUUACCUCCAUCAUCUUCUAAGGAAAACGUGAAAAAAAGACAUCAUCGGAGUGUGUCAUCGGAAGAUAUCGAAAGUUCUUAAAUCAAGUACUGGAAUCAGCAGAACGGAGAAGAUUUAGGUUUGCCCCAAGUUUAUUAUUGAUAGAAACUAGGAACCUGUACAUAUAAAUCUGUUAAAGUUACAUCAGUCAACUGUUUGAGCUGUACAUUACAAUUAGUGUUUAUUUUUGUAGAUAAAUAAUCUUGUUUAUUAAGGUUGUGUUUGAAUUUAAAAUUUGGAGAUUUCAAAUAUUGUAUUUGAAUUAA